AUGCCGAAGCGCCGCGCUGGCUCCCAGAAACGUUGGUACGCACGGCGGAGGAGAUCACUGGUGGAGCGAAUGAGACAGCUCACAAUCCAGGAGACGGUCCUGCUGCCGACAACUCAGCAGAUACAGGCACUAUUACAGAUGGCAUAUGUUGGGUAUUCUGAUUACAGCACUGGCUGGAGUGUGGAUACUCCUGGUGUGACCAAGCUCACAGGGCAUGCACAGCGACGCAACGGAAUGGGACCCCAGGAUAUCCCAUUCUGUGGCCUGGGGCAUAAAGGGAAACAUAUAGCGACUGGAGAAAAGGUUAAAGGUGGAUUUUUUGGGAAUGCAACCUGGAGAUAUCCUCGGGCUUGUGUACCUUAUCCAUUUAUGAUUAUUGCUGGUUCUGUAAAUCUUACUAAGAAUAAUAGUCAAUAUUAUAUUCAUUGUUUUAAUUGUACCCUAACCAAUUGCAUUCGAGGAAUAAGAAAUAAUUCUGGAGUCUUAAUAGUUAAACAACCACCCUUUGUUAUGUUGCCUGUAAAUCUUACUGAGCCCUGGUAUGAAGAGUCUGGGCUUGAACUAUGGCAAAGAGUGCGCAUGGCUCUUGCUAGGCCACGAAGGGGGAUAGGAUUAAUAAUUCUAGGAGUAGUAACGCUUAUAACUUUAAUUGCUUCUGCUGUUACUGCUUCUGUAUCUUUAGCUCAAUCUGUGCAUACUGCUAGCAUUGUAGACGAUUUGGCAAAAAAUACUUCCAAAGCUUUAGGGAUUCAAGAAGAUAUAGAUAGAAAAUUAGAGGAUAGAUUAAAUGCGCUUUAUGAUGCAGUAAGCUUUUUGGGAGAAGAAGUGCAAGGGUUAAAGCUAAGAACAAAAAUUAGAUGUCAUGCUAACUAUCGUUGGAUUUGUGUUACAGCAAAAAUUUAUAAUGGUACUGAAACUCCUUGGGACAGAGUGAAAUCACAUUUAGAUGGUAUUUGGCAUAAUGAAAACAUUUCCUUAGAUCUAAUACAACUUCAUCAGGAAAUUCUUGAUAUAGAAAAUGCUCCUCGGGCUAGUAUGGAUUUGGCAGAAAAUGCUGAAGAGUUUGUUAACAGUUUGUUUUCCAAUUUUCCCUCGAUAACCUCACUUUGGCAUCUUUUUUCAGGGGUCGUGGCCAUGCUUCUGGUAUUAGCGCUUUUUGUGUGCAUUGCUCCUUGUAUCAUAAAGAAAUUUGUCAAAGAGCUGUGGGACAUCAAGGCUGUCCUACACAGUAAUUACUUAUGCCAAAAGAAUCAGGCGUGCCAUUUUACUAAAUAAAAGAGGGGGAGCUGCGGGGAGCGGCUUGAAAGAGCUGACUCUGGGAGCUGCCUUGAUUGAUUAUCAAGGGUCUGUUUGCAGACAUAGCUCUCUGUCCCGCCACCUCUCUGGAAUUUACGAUCCAAGUUAACUCCUAACAGAACAUUAGUAAGCCUUGAGUGCACACAAGACGCAGAUAGAUCGCUUUGCACGACUGCCCUUAAGAUAAGUAGGAUGCCUUUUCUUAUCCCUUGGCGCCAUGAGAGAGCUCUGGUGAUUGUUAUCUUAAAGAUGAUGUACAUGGGGAAGAAUUUUCUUUGGGAUGCCUCUCUUCUUGGUUUAGUAUAUAUGUAACCCUGAGAAAUAAAGAAUCAUCAUUGACUGCA